AUGGAUAUGUUAGUUAUGGAGGGGGAAGAUUUUAUGGGUAAUGUCUUGAAGGAUGAUGGGGGUAAUAAAGAAGUAGAGUUUGCUGAGACGGUUGUAGAGGGUCAGCAAGCUCAGAAUCUUGUGGGUGUGCAGACUGGAUUUCCAAUUGUGCAUGAAAUUGUAAACCUUCAAGAGAAUCAAAAGGAGUUGGAUGAAGUAGAACUGUUGGAUCAAGUUGAGAAAUACCAAGAAGACAGCAACGAACGACGUCGUUUGCUCUUCUUCGCUUCCUUGCGCAAACUGGAUGAUCCCCCAUCCAUUUUGGCAAAUCACUGCUGCCCAAAGCAUGCAAAGAUUUCUGCUCUUCUUCUCUUUCUUACGCAAACUGGAUGA